UGGAGGAGGACCGGCUCCCGCGGGCGCUGGAGGAGGACCGGCUCCGGGGGGGAUGGAGAAGGAGGGCUCCCGCGCGCGGCCGGCUGACCUCGAAGAGAGGCGACUGGAAAUUCGGAGGAGCCUCAUUUCUCAUGGGUUCCUUCUUUCCUGCAGCUCUGCCUCCUCUGGAUACUGCCCAUCCCCCAGGAAGGAUCCCACUAGAAGGAAGGAGAAGGCAGUGGCUGCUGGACCUCUGCCCUCAGGAGCUCAGUAAAAAAGAAGAAAUAUACAAUUCUGAUUUGAAUGCCAUUAAUCUUUAUGUCAGUUUGAGGAAGACUACCAUCCUUACAAUAUUUAUUCUUCCUAUUUCAGGAGUCAGUGAUGUUCCAAGAUGCGUCUGUGUGUUUCACCUGGGAGCAGUGGAUUCCUCUCGACCCUGCUCAGAGGAGCCUGUGUGGGAAGUGACGCUGGAGAGCUCCAGGGACCUGGCUUUGCUGGGGCGUCAGCUUUCCAAACCAGAUGUGAUUUCCCAGCUGGAACGAGAAGAAGUGAGCCUGAUCACUAAAGAAUUUCCAGGGUGUGUCUCUCCAGACUGGGAGACAACACUUGAAACCAAAGAGUCAACUGCAGAACCAACGUUACUGAAGAUUUAUCCUAUGGGUAAUAAUGGAAAGGGAAGGUCUCUGGCAUUCUUCCUUAGGGGAAAAUUGGUUAGAGGGGCAACAGAAAAACCAGGAUAGACAUCUGGGCCAAGUGGCAGUUCCCCAUAAGGAAACCCCCACUGAGAGAAGGGUCUGUAGAGGUAAUGAAUUUGAAAGAUAUUCCAGUCAGGGUUCAGUCCUUGAUACACAACAAAGUAUUCCUAGGGGAGAAAGGCCCCAUAAUCAGAAUUCACAUGGAAAAGACACUAAACAAAAUUCUGAAUUAAUUAAAACUCAAAGAAUGUUUGUAGGAAAGAAAAUCUAUGAAUGUAAUCAAUGUGGAAAAACCUUCAGUCAGAGCUCAUCCCUUCUUAAGCACCAGAGGAUUCAUACUGGGGAGAAACCCUAUAAGUGUGAUAUAUGUGGGAAGCACUUCAUUGAACGCUCCUCCCUUACUGUACACCAAAGAAUUCACACUGGAGAGAAACCCUACAGAUGUAAUGAAUGUGGGAAAACCUUCAGUCAGAGCAUGAACCUAACUGUUCAUCAAAGAACUCAUACUGGAGAGAAACCCUAUCAGUGUAAAGAAUGUGGAAAAUCUUUCCGCAAGAAUUCAUCCCUUAUUCAACAUGAAAGGAUUCAUACUGGAGAGAAACCCUACAAAUGUAAUGAAUGUGGGAAAGCUUUUACCCAAAGCAUGAAUCUCACAGUACAUCAAAGAACUCACACAGGAGAAAAACCCUAUGAAUGUAAUGAAUGUGGAAAAGCCUUCAGUCAGAGUAUGCAUCUUAUUGUCCAUCAGAGAAGUCACACUGGAGAAAAACCCUAUGAGUGUGGUGAAUGUGGAAAAGCCUUUAGUAAGAGCUCAACUCUUACCCUGCAUCAGCGAAAUCACACUGGAGAAAAGCCGUACAAAUGUAACAAAUGUGCAAAAUCCUUUAGCCAAAGUACAUAUCUAAUAGAACAUCAGAGACUUCAUUCUGGGGUAAAACCUUUUGAAUGUAAUCAGUGUGGGAAAGCUUUCAGUAAGAAUUCAUCUCUUACUCAACAUCGGAGGAUCCAUACUGGAGAGAAACCAUAUGAGUGUAUGGUAUGUGGAAAACAUUUCACUGGGCGAUCAUCCCUUACUGUACAUCAGGUUAUUCAUACUGGAGAGAAACCUUAUGAAUGCAAUGAAUGUGGAAAGGCCUUCAGCCAGAGCGCAUACCUUAUUGAGCAUCAAAGAAUUCAUACUGGUGAGAAACCCUAUGAAUGUGAUCGAUGUGGAAAAGCCUUCAUUAAGAAUUCAUCUCUUAUAGUGCAUCAGAGAACUCAUACAGGAGAGAAACCCUAUCAGUGUAAUGAAUGUGGAAAAGCCUUCAGUCGGAGUACAAACCUUACACGACAUCAGAGAACUCAUACGUGAGGAAAGUUUUCAUUGGACCCAUGAUUAACUCUUCAGUGAUAAUCAGAUAAAUCAUGCAAUGCAGAAACCUACUAAAUGUAAUGGUGUAGAAAUCUUUCAGUUCAAGUAUACCUUCCAGAUACUACAGACCAUCGCAGAGAAACCAUAUCAAAGUGGAGAAAUCUUGAUUCUGAAAGUGAAACUCACUUUAUAUCAGAAAGUUUAAGUAGCUAAUGUUCUAAACGAGGAGGAUUCCCACUGAAGAUAAGCUCCGUUGUAGCAUGCUGCAGAUUCUCCUUUGGACGUCAGAGACUUCACACUGGAGAGCAUGUGAGGGUGCUCAGCUGGACAGCCCAAAGACCUGGUACGUAGUCCUGACCUGCCACUCACUUGCACAAGUCACCUUUCACCAGGUCACAGUUUCCUUUUCUGGUAAAUGAGAGAUUUGAGACUUAGAAGGUCUCCAGGAUCCAUUUUAGCUGUAACAUGCUACAGACCUAUAAAUGUAAUGAAUGCUAGGAGAUCUUUGAUCUUUUACCAUGUUAUAUACGUUAUCUAGAUGCUCCUGUUCCACAGUCUGGUUUCCCUGGAUGUUCUGAGACAAAAUUCUCUACCUCUGCCAAAUCCUAUUAUCCCCCCGUCCCUCCCCCUCCCCCUGCAUUGUUAUUUUCUCCCCUAAAUAUAGGCUGGUUGCUACCAGGUGAUGGAACAAUUGUACAGAUCUUAAUGCAAUAGCAUGGUGUUCUGAGUUCUCAAUUAAUAGUCAUUAAACUGUUUAAAUAAGCUAA